GACGAGUCAACCCGUUGUAGCUAUGGCGAGAAAGCUAAAGGAUGGAAACAUCUUCGCUUCUCUUUGCUAUUUCAGGAACCUUUUAAUGUCUUAACUACUUUCAGUUGCAGGGACCUUUAGCUGAAUUCAGGGUGCCACAUUUGCAUAUUCGGCGGCGUGGCUCUUUGCGGGACAGAUGGAAUGAGGUGAUGCUGAGGGAGGCGGUCGGUGCCACCGCCGCAGCUCAAAUGAAGGACAGCAAGUAGCAGCUCCUCUGUCAUUUGUCUCCCCAAUAAAUAAAAAAAUUCAAACCAGCCGAGGACACAAAAAACGCAGGAUGUGAGCGGAGGGAGAGAGAGAGAAAGAAACAAAUGCCUGCUACCAAGAGGGAAACAUGGCACUGCUUGUAGUUUGUGGGCUCCUGUGCCUGUCCUGCUGGGUGUCCCUCUACUUUUUCUUGUGCAACAUCAACGGGUCCCGGAGCUCCGAGUGGAACUGUCGCCUCGUCACCCUGGUGCACGGCAUCCUGGCCAUCUGCAUCACGGCAUACAUAGGAUACGUGGACGGACCCUGGCCCUUUACUUACCCAGGCACAAAAAACACCCCACUGCAGAUAUCUGCCAUGAUGGUGAGCUUGGGCUACUUCAUUUUUGAUAUGGCGUGGUGCGUGUACUUCCGCACAGAGGGGCCCGUUAUGCUGGCCCACCACACCAUGAGCAUCCUGGGAAUCCUGCUGACCCUGUGGCUGGGGGAGUCUGGCAUCGAGUCCUGCGCCGUGCUCUUCGGCAGUGAGGUCACCAACCCCCUCCUGCAGGCCCGCUGGUUCCUCAAACAGACGGGACACUACCGCACUCUGCUGGGAGACGUUGUGGACGUCCUGUUCGUGCUGCUGUUUGUGACCAUGCGAAUCUUCGUGGGAGGCACAAUGCUGUACUGUGAGCUGAUCUCCCCGAGGCCCAGAUUCUUCAUCAAGUGUGGAGGAGUCGCCAUGUAUGCUCUCUCCUGGGUCUUCAUGGUGGACAUUGUUCGAUUUGCCAGUCGGAAAAGAAAGAGCUGGCAAAAACAGCGUAAAGAUCACCAGCUGACUAUGGUGGCUAAUGGUCAUAAAGGGAAGAUGGACUGAUCAGAUCCUGAGUCCAAAGUGGAUAUCAAUCUACACUAUUGUUUGCUUUUUUUUCUCCACUUUCGAUGCUCAAACUGCAAAAAUAUACUCCCUGUAAAGUAACUUAAGAUUGAGAAAGAGUUUUUUUUUAAUGGACAUACUGUGUUAUCUGCCUGUAAAGUCAAAAGUUUUGUAGAACUUUUUAUGCAGAUUAAUCCAAACACAUCAGAUUAGGAGUUAACAGGUGCAGCUAACAACAGCAACAUAGUUUACGUCACUAAAAACCAAAGCACUUUCUGAAAACGCAUGCCAAUGGAGCUGCAGUGAACCGGGGACCCAGUGCUGCUCCAAAGGGAAGUGCAACAUUGGGAAGGAGACAGUUUACAUGUCAGACCUGGAGUGCCUGCGGAACAUUUUUACUAUAGCACAUAGCAACAAAAGCAUUUUCAAAACAAAGGGUUUUCUGACAAAUGUUGAACAGAUUUUAAAGGUUUACUCAGGGAAAGGCAACAGUUUCAAACAGCCGCAGUGAACUCUAGAGGAAUCUGAGAGAGGUGUCUUAUUAUUUCUUUUAAGCUUUUGCCUACUGUAUGAGAUCUUAUUGAACACAUUGCCCCCAAUAAGCUAAUUUCAAUUGCUCCAUGCAAGUGAACAGAGAUAAGUGUGUCAAUGACAAAUUGGAACGCUAAUGAUGCUAAAACUUUGCAGUCCAUUUGGAUGCUUAUAUGAAAUAUAAAUAUCUUCGAGCAUUGUGGAAAUGCAGAGAAUUUUUUUUUUACAUUUUAAAUGACUAAACUAUCGUGAUUUCACUGAAUCGGAGGUGUGAAAAAACUCCAACAUGAAUCAGCCGGACAAACGAGCUGUACGUUUCACUAAGACAUUUCACACGAUUUGUGUGUAGUAGGGUGUUCGGGAAAUGUUCAGUUUAACUGAAAGAAAGUUUUCUCCAUCCAACCAUCAUAAUACAAGCAUUGCACUCAAGUUAUGAACAAGUCUGCUCUCAUGUCUGUGUUUAGAUAUAACAACUUGUUUGCUACGUAUCGUUUGAGGAUUUCUGUCACAAUGUUCUAAAAAAGACAACCCGACUGCCCUUAAAAAUGGCAGUGCAGGUGUUGUUGGAUGGUGCAUUUGUUUCAUUGUAUUAACUAACUUUAUUGGCUUUACCUGUGAAACUGUGCACAUAGCAUCUCUAUCAAUUGCGGUUUAAUAUAUGUAUAUAUAUACAUUUAAUGUACAUUCUUGUUAAAAAAAGAGCCUAUAGUUUAUGCCAUAAACUGACUUAUGGGGCUGGAAUGAUCAUUAAAUGGGGACUUAGUUUACAAAAAUAAACUAUUUAUUCUAAAGACAAUUGAGAAAAUCUUAACAGAGCAGUGGAAAAAGCCUGUGAUCUUUCUUCAGACUAACCACACCUGCACAGCUCUAGCCAACGUUGGUAUUGAAUGUGAUCCAAUCGACAAAGUCUGUUAACCCGACUGCAACUGUUAAAAUGUCCUACGGAUAAAAAAGUGCUCUGUCUCUAUUUUCCCUGUCUUUUUUUUUCUUACUCGUGCAGUAAUGUAACCCUAAACCCUCUAACUCAAAUACUCUGUACUCGAGGGCCAUUUCUGUCUUGAGAUUUCAUAACUACCCUUUUAAAUGCCUAUUUGAAAUAAAAUGACGAAACCUGAGAGGUUAUUCUGUGU